GACUUCCUGAUGGUUCUUCAAGCCGUGCGACGCACUUAGUUUUUAAAGUAGGCUAUAUUAGUAGUGACGCAAUUGGAUUUAACAUGUUGUAUGAUGUGUUUUAUUCAUUAAUAUCUUAAAUAUAGGACUUUUUAUUUAUUCAUUAUUAUCCAAGCGACGCACGCGCAAAGGGGCGGCGAUUUUCGGCCGGUGAAUGCAUUGAACAAACGAAGAUUGCACAGUCGUGCUAUAGACGCUGUCAACCAACUAAUCAGAGGGAAAUUACCUGUCAGCUUGGAACUUUCUUUUAAAACAGCGGAGCUCACGAAUGUAACUGCAGUUCUUGUGGCGUUCUCAGUGCGGUUUUAGAAACUUUCAUCCCGCGUUCCUGAGGCCCCAGUGCCAUGCCCGAGGGAUCUCACAACACGUCUUAUGAAGUCCCAAUGGGUGAAGAAUCCCCCCGCUUGUCCACCGCCUCCAUCAGCAGUAAUGAGCGGGCACCGUCGACCACGCCCUCCGACUGCCCGGACUUCCCCUCUGCCGGCCAGCGUCCCGUGAGCCUGGUCUCCACGCUCUCCUCGGGGUCUGGCUCAUCCAGGGACGACUGCCCCGCUGUCAUAGCCCCGGGCGGCGCAGCCCCCCCUACCGGAGAGGACAUAGACUUAGACCUGAGUCCCCCUGAAGGUACCGGGAACCAGGGUGAAAGAGACCUUGAUAAAGGGGAUCCGACUGGGGAAGCACCAGCCUCUCAGGGUGUCUCCGAGAACAACAAGAACAUCGCCACACCCUCACGAGCCGCCAGCGGCCGUUUCCACCUUAACCCCUUGUCGCCCUUUGCCGCCAAGACCAUGGCACCCAACCCACAGCUCACCUACGUCGACCGUGUGGUCAUGGAGAUCAUCGAGACGGAGCGCAUGUACGUGAGGGAUCUGCGCAUGAUCGUAGAGGACUAUCUGGGCCACAUCGUCGACCAGGCAGACCUGCCCAUCAGACCUGAGCAGGUGUGCGCCCUCUUCGGAAACAUUGAGGACAUCUAUGAAUUCAACAGUGAACUUCUGCAGUCCCUGGACAUGUGUGACAACAAUCCGGUUGCCAUCGCCAGAUGCUUUGUGAUGAAGAGUGAAUACUUUGAAAUCUAUACACAAUACUGCACCAACUACCCAAACUCGGUGGCUGCUCUGACUGACUGCAUGAGGAACAAAUCCCUGGCCAAGUUCUUCCGUGAGCGGCAGGCCUCCCUGAAGCGCUCCCUUCCUUUGGGUUCCUACCUGCUCAAGCCCGUCCAGAGGAUCCUCAAAUACCACCUCCUGCUCCAGGAAAUAGCCAAGCACUUUGACCCAGAGGAAGAUGGCUAUGAGGUGGUAGAGGAGGCCAUCUACACCAUGACCGGAGUGGCCUGGUACAUCAAUGAUAUGAAGAGGAAGCACGAGCAUGCAGUCCGACUCCAGGAGGUCCAAUCUCUGUUGAUUAACUGGAAAGGGCCUGACCUGACCACGUACGGAGAACUGGUUCUGGAAGGUACCUUCAAGGUCCACAGGGCAAAAAACGAGCGCACACUGUUCCUCUUUGACAGAAUGCUUCUAAUAACCAAGCGGCGAGGAGAACACUAUGUCUACAAGACCCAUAUCUCGUGCUCCACGCUCAUGUUGAUUGAGAGUGCCAAGGACUCCCUUUGCUUCAGCGUCACCCACUACAAACAUCCCAAACAGCCUCACACAGUUCAGGCUAAGACUGUGGACGAGAGGAAAUUAUGGGCCCAUCACAUCAAGAGGAUCAUUUUAGAGAACCACCAUGCCAUCAUUCCUCAGAAGGCGAAAGAGGCCAUUUUGGAAAUGGACUCCAUAUACCCAUCAAAGUACCGUUACAGCCCAGAGAGAAUGAAGAAGGCCAUGUCCUACCAAUCAGAUGAGUUUCCCAAAGAAGGUCGCCCAGGGCGACGGCAAUCAGAACCAACCAAACAAAUCCUGAAGAACACCAAGGCCAUCCUGAAGCACGCAGAUAGUGAGGGGGCUUUACCAGACGAGGCACGUUCCAUUCAAUCUGCUGCUAGUAUCAGCACCUUGGGCUCAAGCCUCGGUGAGUCUGAGGUCGAAAAGCCUAGUCUGGAAGAGGAUGAAGAAGAAGAAGAGCAAAAUGACGUAGGCGGGAGGAAGAACUCUUUGGAGAGAGUCAGCCCCAUUGACGGCGAGGAGCCCAGAGCAGGGCCCCAGUCCUAUCAGGGCAGGUUGACCCUGGGGGAGGAAAGUGACUCGGACGAUAUACUCAUGGAGGAUGACCAGGUAGCCGACUUUGCCAGUUCCAUGCUGGCCGCCAUCUCCUGCUGGCACUAUAGAGCGAGGGCUUUGCUUUCCAUGGGGGUCACAACGGAUGAGGAGGGAUGUGAUGUUAUUGAAGAAAACCAGUGUAGCAGAGAAAACAUAUCUGGUCAGGACAGGUGUGGGAAAGACACUGUGCAUCAGACUCCCUCAGACGAGAUGUCCCAGAGCAAGGCCUCUGGUUUUGAGACUGAUGAAAGGCUUGAACCAGCUCCCUCUUUACGUUCAGAGAAUGCUCAGUCUAGCACUCCCAACGUCUCUAGCUCUCCUCCUGGGACGGCUGAAGCACCUGAGCCUGUAGAACACGAGGUGAACACCAUGGAGGGACAGAUCUUAGCCUCCCCAGACUCCGAUGGGAGGACGUUGAGCAGUGGAGAAUCUACAGACGAAGAGGAGGAAGAGGCGGCGGCAGCAGCAAAGGAGAGCGAAGUCAGCAGCAUCCUGCCAUCUUCUGUCCUGGAUAAAGCCAGCGCAAUCGCUGAGCACUUCAACAACAGCACCAAGCGAGGCAGCGUGGUCACAGAUGAUGUCCGCUCUCUUGGCUGCCCCUCGCCACGCUUGCCCAGUAGGACUGGAAGCACCAUUAGUCUUGGCGGUGAGCCCACUGAGAGGCCACACAGAAUCAACAGCACUUGCUCUGAGCCACAAGAAAACUUUGGAAACGAUCUAACGAUGCUCUCACCGAGGGACGACAGCCUGUUUGAAACGGACAGAGGUCUCCACAGAAGGAGGAACUCGACCCUUUCCAAGCAGGAUCAACUGCUUCUUGGCAAAAUCAAGAAUUAUUAUGAGCAUGCGGAGCACCAGGAUGCUGGCUUCAGUCUGAAACGCAGAGAGAGUCUGACCUACAUCCCUACUGGCCUCGUCAGGAGUUCUGUCAGCAGAUUCAACAGCAUCCCGACAGAUGACACGUCUGCAGCAGAGAAGAGUGACAACCAAGACAGUAGCUCCGCCCCAAUCACUUUCUCCGUUUUGGAAUAUGCCACUACAGACUCAUCAACCGCUGCAGAGAACUGGAACUGCAUGGUUUCUAGUGCGUCCUUUGACAGUCUGGAGCUUGAGAGAUGUAAAGGACUGGAGGCUUCGGGUUCAGAUGCCGACUUGCACAGCCUGAAGAUCAGAUCUCACAGCUUGCAGGACAAGCCCAUUCAGGAUGAGGAUUUCCGUCCCUCCUCGGAGAUGAUCAAGGUUUGGCAAAAUAUGGAGAGAGAGGUCACUAGAUCUCACGGGGAGGCUCGAACCCAUGUGAAACCAAAAGAGGUCCAAAAAAGCACCAGGGGAGCCAGUCCAACUCUCUGUAGAAGGAGCCAAAGUCCCAUCAGGAACUCUUUGGGAACAGAGAAUGCAGAGUCCCUCGCAAUCUCGGAAGAGUCUGACCUGAGCACCAUCACAGAAGAGUCUAUGAGCCCUUCACCUGUCAAGCCCAGGGGAAUGGGGGUUGGUCGUACAGUUAAUCUGAAACCCUUGCAUGAUGAAAGAAGAGUUCUCAGGGCACCUGUUCCCAGAGUCAUCCAGCUUAGGGCAGAGACAGAGGGCUCUCCUGUAGGUGAGGAGCCUCAAUCAGAAGACGAUUUGGCCAAAAACAAAGUGUUAAAUCUGGCCCGUCAGUACAGCCAACGCCUCAAGACUACCAAACCAAUGGUCAGGCAACGAAGCCAAGAAAUGCUGCAGUGCAAGAAGAACUUGCUUAGCGUGUUGGAGGAAAACCCAGAAAAGGAGAGCACAGGUAAACCAAACUUGAUGCUGUCCCUGGCCCCAUGUUAUCAAGUACCUCCAAAAGAUGUAAGCCCUUUGGAGCAGGCCCGGUCUCCAAGCCCUUCUCACACCCCAAGUUCUUUGGGUAGUCCACGUGUCCUGUCUCCCAGCCGAAUACGAUCAAAGAGCCCACUAAGCCCUCAGCCGAUUGAGGCCUUCAACUGGCCUGAUGUGCGAGAGCUUCGCUCCAAGUACGUUAGCGACCAGUCUCAACUGCCACCUGUGGGACGAAGCCGGUCAGUACCUGAAAAGAUGCUAGACUGUGGCGCAAGGCGACGUUCAAGUUGCUAUUCAAGCUUUUACGCUUCCGGUGGGCCCGCUGAGGUUCAGUCUUACAGGUCUCACCCCAGCAGGGACCCUGGCCCUGGAGACGGGUGCACAAGGCUUCAUCGGGCUGGUUCCCUUGACCACAGAUUGAAUGGGCUUCAUAUGAGCAAAAUGGUGAAUCUUCAGGAAAAUAUCUCUAAUGGAGAUUAUUAUGUAUCUGCACGGGAUACUCUGCCCACUGACCCCAACCAUAAGGUUAUUGUCGUGGAAAGGGUUCCAGAAGAGUCUGAAACAAGCUCUUUAGAACCUGUGGAGAUGGCUCUUCAGGCCAAGAAUGAGGAAGUUGAUGACAGUUAUGUCCAGAUCCGUUCUCCAACCACUAGAGAGAAGAUUUCCAUCAUGGCUGUCAUUGACCGCUGCAGAGCCUAUCAGGAGUCAGAUGAAUAUCGACAAAGGGAGGAAGGGGGGGCUAAAGAAGAUUCAGCCAGUUUGAGUGGGAAGGGCAAAGAGCAUGAUAAGGGUCCUCUCUCGAAUGAGCAACUUCAGAACACGCAUAAAACUGUUUCACACUCUGCCAAAAAGACAGAUGCGAGUCAGCAGAGCAUGGUGAAAAACUUGCGAGAGAAAUUUCUCAACCUGAGGUGAGCAGUACAAGAGAACAUUUUAAUGUCACUUCUUACUUGAUUUCCCUUUUCUUUCAUGAAAAACAUUGUUAAAGCAAAUGUUGCUUGUCAACCACUGUUGUUCCUUGGCCCGGAAGCCAUAUUCUGUAUUUUAACAAGCAUAAACUGUACAUCUUAAGAGAUUUUUUUUUU